CAAAAAAAGCAUUGAUAUCAUUCCUUGAGGAUGGUUUCUUGUUAAACCAAAGCAAAUAAAAUGUUAUUAUCCUCCUACCAAAACAAACAAAGAGAAGAUUGACCUUCAGUCAAUGGUUAAACGAAAAGGACCACCAAAACGGGAAUGAAAAAUAUAUGCUGCAAGUAAGUAAACACCCACUCUAGCGCAGAAACUAAAAUAAAGGAUUUAGAAAAAAAGCCUUAUGCAUUCACUGAUGAUGGUGAUCCUGAAGGUCAAGUUGUCCGACUUAAUAGUAAUAUGAGACUUUUCUUGAUGAAACAAAAAAAUGAUACGACUGAUUCAUCAACAGAUUAAUUAGAGGUGGGCUCAAUUCAAAAUUCAGUCACUAAUAAAAAACAUGAUGAACAUAAUGAUGCCAUAAACGAUUAUACUCCAACAAGAGAUAACGUUGUCUCUGCAUUAAUUAAUUUAGAUCAAUUGAUAAUAAGAUUAUAUUGUAACUGAUAGUUGAGCAGAGGACGUUUUUUUAUCUGAAGUUGGAUUAGCAAGCAACCAAGACCAUGAAAAGAAAAAUGUUAUUAAAAAAAUUGAUGAAAUGAGUAAGCAAAUCCACCAACUUCAUAACAUGAUAGUGAACAUGCUAGAAAGUCAAAACUCAGUGGUAAAAGCAGUCAAGUACUUGACUGAUAGAUGUGCUGAUCUUGAAUGCACAACUACAUAUCUGCAAGGAGAACUAUCAGGAAUAAAAAAUGGUACAUUGAAAGAUCCAACUACUAUGUUGAAAUCAACACUUUCAUACAUAAAAAAUAAAUACGAAAUAUCUCUUCUAAUGAAUACUGAAUUGAUAUUAAAAAGAUUUGAAGAACUUUUGGACGAUAGUACAUUCAAUGAUGGAAUCGUCAAUUAUAUGACAAAAUUAAAUGAUAAUAGCAUCAAAUUAAGUGCUAAAAAUGUAAUUAGCAGUUUUUUAACGAAAGACAUAGCAGUAAAAUACACAGCAGUCAGAUCAUUAGAAGGAAAACGAAUUUCCAGUUUUGAUUUCCCAAAAUUAUAUGAAUGUUUUAAAGAAACAGUUAGAAAAGCAAAAUACAAAAAAGUCUUUCAACAGGAUUGAACUGAGGACUUCCUGAUUUCUGC